AUGCCGGGCAGCCCACGCAACCAGUUCACAUUCAGGCCUCUCCCGCCGCCCCCACCGCCACCCCACGCCUGCACCUGCAACCGGAAGCCGACUUCAUCAGCCGACUCUCUCCAGGCAAGAUCGAUGACGACUCGCAGCCAGCCUAGUCCGGCCGCUCCACCCCCUCCAAGUAGCACCCAGGACUCGGUGCAUCUCCAUAACAGUUGGGUCUUGAACAGCAACAUACCGCUGGAGACCAGGCACUUCCUAUUUAAACACGGAUCUGGUUCUUCAGCUAUCUUCAGUGCAGCCAGCCAGAACUAUCCUUUAACCUCCAAUACUGUUUACUCGCCACCUCCUAGGCCUCUUCCUAGAAGUACUUUCUCUAGACCGGCUUUCUCUUUUCACAAACCUUACCGAUGUUGCAACUGGAAGUGCACUGCGUUGAGCGCCACGGCGAUCACAGUCACGCUGGCCCUGUUGCUUGCCUAUGUGAUUGCAGUACAUUUGUUUGGCCUAACUUGGCAACUCCAGCCUGUGGAAGGGCAGCUGUAUGAAAACGGAGUCAGUAAAGGAAACAAAGGCACAGAGACCAUGGAUACGACUUACUCGCCCAUUGGAGGAAAAGUUUCCGAUAAAACGGAAAGGAAAGAAAUAGUGUUUCAGAAAGGGCAGGCAAUAGACACGGGAGAAGUCGAAAUUGGAGAUCAAGUGAUGCAGACUAUUCCUCCGGGCCUCUUCUGGCGUUUCCUGAUCAUGAUCCAUCACCCAAUGUACCUGAAGUUCAAUGUCUCACUGGCAAAGGACUCUCUGCUGGGAAUUUAUGGGAGGCGCAAUAUUCCCCCCACUCAUACGCAGUUUGAUUUUGUGAAGCUGAUGGAUGGGAAGCAGCUAAUUAAGCCGGAACCCAAACACUCGGAGGAACCUCAGCAAGCUCCCAGGAACCUGAUCCUGACAUCGAUGCAAGAAACAGGGUUCAUAGAAUACAUGGAUCAAGGCGCUUGGCACAUGGCGUUUUACAACGACGGGAAGAAAAUGGAGCAAGUGCUCAUGUUAACCACGGCCAUUGAAGUCAUGGACGACUGCUCCACUAACUGCAAUGGAAAUGGAGAAUGCAUCUCCGGCCACUGCCACUGCUUCCCAGGCUUCCUCGGUCCAGAUUGCGCACGAGAUUCCUGCCCCGUGUUGUGCAGUGGGAACGGGGAGUAUGAAAAGGGUCAUUGUGUGUGUCGCAAUGGAUGGAAAGGUCCCGAAUGUGAUGUUCCGGAAGAGCAGUGCAUUGACCCCACCUGCUUUGGUCAUGGGACAUGCAUCAUGGGAAUUUGCAUCUGUGUCCCUGGAUACAAAGGAGAAAUAUGCGAGGAAGAGGACUGUCUAGAUCCUAUGUGCUCCGGCCACGGGGUCUGCGUCCAAGGGGAAUGCCACUGCUCCAUGGGCUGGGGCGGCGUCAACUGUGAGACUUCACUUCCUGUCUGCCAAGAACAGUGCUCAGGGCAUGGCACCUUCCUUCUGGAUACUGGAAUGUGUAACUGUGACCCCAAGUGGACGGGCUCUGACUGCUCAACAG